AUGUCUGUGGGACUGGACCACUGGAGUCCUAAAGCUAUGGAGCAGCUUUUAAAUCUGGGUAAAGGUCUGAACAAUAUUGAGGCUGAAGAUACGUAUGUGAGGGGUAAUGGGCAGAUCAUAGAGGACAUUCCCACAGAUAACCACCCAGGUUCAGAAUGUGAAAAACAUUUUAACUCUAAAUCAGAUCUUAUUAGACAUCAGAGAACUCACACAGGGGUGAAGCCAUUUUCAUGUUCAGAAUGUGAAAAAUAUUUUAACCGUAAAUCACAUCUUGUCAGACAUAAGAGAAUUCACACAGGGGAGAAGCCAUUUUCAUGUUCAGAAUGUGAAAAACAUUUUAACUCUGAAACACAUCUUGUUAUGCAUAAGAGAACUCACACAGGGGAGAAGCCAUUUUCUUGUUCAGAAUGUGGGAAAUGUUUUCAGCAGAAAUCACAACUUCUUAAACAUCAGAGAAUUCACACAGGGGCAAAGCCAUUUUCUUGUUUAGAAUGUGGGAAAUGUUUCACUGAUAAAUCAACUCUUGUUAAACAUCAGACAAUUCACACAGGGGAGAAGCCAUUUUCUUGUUUAGAAUGUGGGAAAUGUUUUACUCGUAAAUCAACUCUUGUUAAACAUCAGAGAAGGCACACAGGGGAGAAGCCAUUUUCGUGUUUAGAAUGUGGGAAAUGUUUUAUUCGUAAAUCAAUUCUUGUUAUACAUGAGAGAACUCACACAGGGGUGAAGCCAUUUUCUUGUUUAGAAUGUGGGAAAUCUUUCAUAAAUAGAUCAAAUCUAGUUGCACAUCAAAGAAUUCACACAGGGGAGAAGCCAUUUUCUUGUUUAGAAUGUGGGAAAUCUUUCCAACAGAAAUCAAAUCUUACUAUACAUCAGAGAAUUCACACGGAGGAGAAGCCAUUUUCUUGUUUACAAUGUGGGAAAUCCUACACGUACAAAUCAUGUCUUGUUGUACAUGAGAGAAGUCACACAGGGGAGAAGCCAUUUUCUUGUUUACAAUGUGGGAAAUCUUUCAUACAGAAAUCAAAUCUUGUUACACAUCAGAGAAUUCACACUGGAAAGAAGCAAUUUUAA